AUGGAGUCCAACGUCCCUGGAGCGUUUCUGCACAGCCUUGUCGGCAAAAAGGUGCUUGUGAAGAGCAAGUGGGGCCCGGUGUACGAGGGUAACCUUGUAAGCUGCGACACGUUCAUGAACCUGCAGCUGCGCAAUGCGGUAGAGCACGCGAAACAGGACACCGAACUGGGUGAGAUGCUGUUGCGCAACAACAACAUCCUGUACAUCCGUGAGGAAGCCAGCGCGUCCUGA